AUGAAGAAGAUAUUUGAUGUUGCACCAAAUGCCAUAGAAUUCCUGGAGCAGCAUCACAAUAGAUGUGGGUUUUCAGAUAAGAGUAAAUGUGACUACUUGACUAACAAUGUAUCUAAGAGCUUUAAUGCUCAGAUCAGGCACAUGAAAGGACUACUACUACACGAAUUGGUUGAUGGCCUGAGAGAGCUCAUCAUGGAGAAGAGGUUUUUGAGGAUGAAGAUUGCUAGGAAAAUGCGUGAUGGUAUACUCCCUAGUGUAAUGAAGGAGUUGAAUGCUAUCAGCAAUAAUUUCAAAGUGGUUAAGGUAUUGCAUACUGGGGCUGGAAACAAGAAUGCCUUCAAGGCACUUAUUGCUGCAGAAUACAGUGGGGUCAAGGUUGAGGUGACCAAGAAUUUUGAGAUGGGUGUAUCCAACAAGACCCCUGAGUUUCUUAAGAUGAACCCCCUUGGGAAGGUUCCUGUUCUGGAGACUCCUGAUGGCCCUGUUUUUGAGAGUAAUGCUAUUGCACGCUAUGUUGCUCGUUUGAAGGACGACAACCCUCUUCUUGGGUCUUCCCGUAUUGAACAAGCCCACGUUGAGCAAUGGGUGGACUUUGCUGCAACAGAAGUUGACCCUGGUGUUGCAUGGUACUUGUAUCCAAGGCUUGGGUACAUCCCUUAUGCUCACACAACUGAGGAAACAGCUAUUGCUUCAUUGAAGAGAUCGCUUGGUGCUCUGAACACACACCUUGCCUCAAACACAUACCUUGUUGGGCAUUCUAUUACUCUAGCUGACAUUGUAUUGACAUGCAACCUGUACCAUGGAAUUGCACGGAUCUUGACCAAGAGCUUCACUUCUGAUUUUCCUCAUGUCGAGAGGUAUUUCUGGACCAUGGUUAACCAGCCUAACUUCAAGAAGGUCAUUGGUGAGGUCAAGCAGGCAGAGUCUGUACCUCCUGUUCAGAAAAAGGCCGCUCCUCCUAAGGAGCCGAAGGCAAAGGAUGCCAAGAAAGAAGCCCCAAAGGAGGCCCCCAAGCCAAAGGUGGUUGAGGCACCAGCAGAAGAGGAAGCACCAAAGCCAAAGCCAAAGAAUCCUCUUGACUCGCUGCCACCAAGCAAGAUGGUCCUUGAUGACUGGAAGAGGCUAUACUCAAACACAAAGACCAACUUCCGGGAGGUUGCCAUCAAAGGUUUCUGGGACAUGUACGACCCAGAGGGCUACUCUCUGUGGUUCUGUGACUACAAGUACAAUGAUGAGAACACCGUCUCCUUUGUGACCCUGAACAAGGUUGGUGGAUUCCUGCAGCGGAUGGACCUGGCCCGCAAAUACGCCUUUGGUAAGAUGCUCGUGAUAGGCUCUGAGCCACCCUUCAAGUUGAAGGGCCUUUGGCUCUUCCGUGGUCAGGAGGUUCCCAAGUUUGUAAUGGACGAGGUCUAUGACAUGGAGCUCUACGAGUGGACCAAGGUGGACAUCUCUGAUGAGGCCCAGAAGGAGCGUGUCAAUGCCAUGAUUGAGGACCAGGAGCCCUUUGAGGGCGAGGCCUUGCUUGACGCGAAAUGCUUCAAGUGA